UGCUGGCUGGUUGUGCGGCGGUUGUGUUUUGAACGAUCGGUAUUUUUUUUUGUUUGUGUUUACAGUGCCGUGAGUUUGUUUUCGGUUGUGUAUUUGAUAGUUUACAUCUCGAAAACAUAGCAGGCGCUGCAACGUAACUCCUAGCGUGUGCAAAAUGGAUAUUGCCAAUUAUCGACGCCCAAUUAACUCAUCAUCACUGAGGCAACGGUCGUCAUGGGUACUGCUGUUUCUGGUGCUUGCUGCGAUCGUUAAUCACACCAAUACUGCUAGCUAUGAUCGCUACGAGUAUUACGUGGACAAUUUGGACUCGAUUGCGGAGAGUAUUGAUUUAGCCGAAGAGAGCACUUCUUCCGUUAUAACCUCGCCGCCAGAAACGACUGAAUUCGAAGAACUUGCGGAAGACACUGUCCCAACAACAUUAUCGUCAAUGACAACAGUACAAAACGAUCAGAACAAUUUCUACUGUCGCGAGGAUUUGUGUUUGCAGUAUGAUAUUUCCGGGCAGUUAGUUCAAAAACAACAUGUUGCAUGCGGUCACGACGGAUCGUUCGCCAGAGAUUGUCUCCCGGGAAGGACAUUGUUCAAGAUUGAUCCGCAGAUUAGAGCCUUUAUUAUUCACCUACAUAAUGAAGCCAGAAACCGACUGGCCAAUGGUUCUCUGGAGGGAUUUGAGGCUGCCUCUAGAAUGCCCACUGUUGUAUGGAAUGACGAACUGGCAGCGUUGGCCGAGCUGAACGUUAAAAGUUGUCAGUUCAAGCAUGAUGAAUGUCGAAAUACGGAUUUGUAUCGCCAGGCGGGACAAAAUCUGGCACUCGGUUACUAUCCUGUCGAGGAGAACAUUUUUGACAUACUGGAAAAACUGACGACCCUCUGGUUCAACGAGUACAAGGACGCCGACCAGCAGGUGAUGGACGAGUUUGUGAACCCGACAAAUGUCACAAUUGGCCAUUUUACCCAGAUGAUGAGCGACCGGACUACUACGAUCGGAUGUGGAAUCGUAAUCUACCCGCAGAAAGUGUCUGGAUUCACGUUCAAGGUAGUGCUGUACGCCUGCAACUAUUCGAUUACGAGUAUCUACAGUCAACCGGUUUACCAGAAGGGACAAGCUGGCGCCAAGUGUGCUUCGGGAAUGAAUCCGCUGUACAACGGUUUGUGCAGCUUGGAGAACCAGUUCAUACAGUCUGUGCCAUUCUAUGAGUAACAAUUCAUUUACAGUUGCAAUAAAUGUUAUUUUAUAA